AUGAAAGAGGCUAAGCUUUCUACUAAAAGAACAUAUACAGCAAUUAGCGAUACCCUAAAAAAUGCAAUAUGCCAAUAUCAUUUUAAAAAUCCUAAUAAAACACAAAUUCAAAUCGUUGAGCAUUUUAAUAUCCAAGACCCUAAUCGAAGUCUGGAUUAUUCAACUAUUUCUAAAAUCUUAAAAGAAAAAACAAAUGGUUGGCCGUUGAUGAAAAUCAAACUACUUCAAGCACAUUUUGCUAUCAUCAAAGAAAAGGCUGCUUAUUUCGCUAAAGCUCUUGCAUUAUGUAAAGAUGGAUUAAAGUUUUCUAAUGGUUGGUUGCAUGGAGAAGCUAGCAGUACACCAAUUCAAAUCCUUCCAGAAUCUCAGCGAAAUUUACAAAAUAUUAUUCAAGAAUAUACAUUAAGUGAUGUAUUUAAUGCAGAUGAAACAAAUCCAUCUGAUGAGGAGUCUAAAAAUAGUGAUUCUGAAGAUAUUGAAAAGUUGUCUCCUAUUAGAACAAAUAAUCAUGAAAAUAGAUGUGGUCAUGGUCAUUAA